AUGGCGAAAGUACUCGAUCUACCAAAACUACAACCUUUUACCUUGGGGGAAACUUCGACCAUUAGCCAACGGUGGCGAAAAUGGAUCAAGUCAUUCGAAUAUUAUAUUGCUGCCUCGGGAAUCAACGACAAGAAACAACAACGUGCCAUCUUUCUCCACCUCGCAGGACCUGAAGUUCAAGACAUUUUUGAAACCCUAGAAGACACUGGCAACGAUCUCGACACCGCAAUAGCAAAGUUAACGUCCUACUUCGAGCCACAAAAGAACAUUCCUUUCGAGCGUCACAAUUUUCGACAGACAACACAACUACAAGGAGAAACAAUCGAACAGUUAGCUAUCCGUUUAAAACACCAAGUAAAAUUCUGCGAAUAUGGCAACCCCAACGAUAUGAUCCGUGACCAGAUUAUCGAACAUUGUUCGUCUAGUCGUUUAAGGCGACGAUUACUUCGCGAACCAGAACUUAUUCUUGAGAAAACAGUCGAAAUCGGUCGUUCGUUCGAAGCAUCCGAACGGCAAGCCUCGCAAAUAGAAGCAGACAGCUUAAAAACGACCGACCUGGGCGUAAAUGCAAUCCGUUCUAAAGCUGCAUCAUCUCGUUAUCCAACAUCGAUACAAACAGGUCGUUCGAACAUCGUUUGUUAUUGUUGUGGAAAUGCCGGUCACCGAGCUAAAGACCCUCGUUGUCCUGCCGAAGGAAUGUCCUGCAAUAAGUGUCACAAGCUUGGCCAUUUCGCUAGAGUAUGUCGUCAACUGAAACCAACAAACAAGCCUGAAUUUCAGAAUCCUACAUCGAAAAACAAGAAUGAAAUCUACAAGCAAAAUACUGGAAGUCAUGGCGAAAUACGAUAUGUAUACGGCGCUCCACAUCCGGCCACCGGGGAAAGUUCAUCGGACGAUGA